CCAGCCGCUUGCGGGUGCAUUUGCCAGGGACUUUUCCCGCAGGUUGCGCAGGGAACCAAACUUGGUGGGAACUGGCCUGCGGGUGAGGGCGGCUCUCCCCGCACCGUCUCAAGAUGCUCGGGGGUCCGGGACCCGGGCUGCUGCUGCUGCUGUCCGUCCUGUGCCUGGGGACAGCGGUACCCUCCACCGCCGCCUCGAAGAGCAAGAGGCAAGCCCAGCAAAUCGUGCAGCCCCAGAGCCCAGUGGCUGUCAGUCAGAGCAAGCCUGGUUGUUACGACAAUGGGAAACACUAUCAGAUAAAUCAACAGUGGGAGCGCACCUACCUAGGCAACGCCCUGGUUUGUACCUGUUAUGGAGGGAGCCGAGGUUUCAAUUGCGAGAGUAAACCUGAACCUGAAGAGACUUGCUUUGACAAGUACACCGGAAACACUUACAGGGUGGGUGACACUUAUGAGCGCCCUAAAGACUCCAUGAUCUGGGACUGUACCUGCAUCGGAGCUGGGAGAGGGAGAAUUAGCUGCACCAUCGCAAACCGCUGUCAUGAAGGAGGUCAGUCCUACAAGAUCGGUGACACCUGGAGGAGACCACAUGAGACUGGUGGUUACAUGUUAGAGUGUGUGUGUCUAGGGAACGGGAAAGGAGAAUGGACCUGCAAGCCCAUAGCUGAGAAAUGUUUUGACCAUGCUGCUGGCACUUCCUAUGUUGUCGGGGAAACCUGGGAAAAGCCCUAUCAGGGCUGGAUGAUGGUGGAUUGUACCUGUCUGGGAGAAGGCAGUGGACGCAUCACUUGUACCUCUAGAAACAGGUGCAAUGAUCAGGACACCAGAACUUCCUAUAGAAUUGGGGACACCUGGAGCAAGAAGGACAACCGAGGGAACCUGCUGCAGUGCAUCUGCACAGGCAAUGGCAGAGGAGAGUGGAAGUGUGAGAGGCACGCGUCUCUGCAGACCACCUCGACCGGAUCUGGCCCCUUCUCAGAUGCCCGGAUGCCCAUCUACCAACCCCAGCCUCAUCCCCAGCCGGCUCCUUAUGGCCACUGCGUCACAGACAGUGGUGUAGUCUAUUCCGAGGGGAUGCAGUGGUUAAAGACACAAGGAAAUAAGCAGAUGCUUUGCACGUGCCUGGGCAAUGGAGUCAGCUGCCAAGAGACAGCUGUAACCCAGACAUAUGGAGGCAAUUCAAAUGGGGAGCCGUGCGUCCUACCAUUCACCUACAAUGGCAGGACUUUCUACUCCUGCACCACAGAAGGGCGACAGGAUGGACAUCUCUGGUGCAGCACAACUUCGAACUAUGAGCAAGACCAGAAGUAUUCUUUCUGCACAGACCAUACUGUUCUGGUUCAGACUCGAGGUGGAAAUUCCAAUGGUGCCUUAUGCCACUUCCCCUUCCUGUACAACAACCACAACUAUACCGAUUGUACUUCUGAGGGCAGGAGAGACAACAUGAAAUGGUGUGGAACCACACAGAACUAUGAUGCUGACCAGAAGUUUGGAUUCUGCCCCAUGGCUGCCCAUGAAGAAAUCUGUACAACGAAUGAAGGGGUCAUGUAUCGCAUUGGAGAUCAGUGGGACAAGCAACAUGACAUGGGCCACAUGAUGAGGUGCACCUGUGUUGGGAAUGGCCGUGGGGAAUGGACAUGUGUCGCCUACUCCCAGCUCCGAGAUCAAUGCAUUGUUGAUGACAUCACUUACAACGUGAAUGACACAUUCCACAAGCGUCAUGAAGAGGGGCACAUGCUCAAUUGCACCUGUUUUGGUCAAGGCCGAGGCAGGUGGAAGUGUGAUCCCGUGGACCAAUGCCAGGACUCAGAAACCCGAACAUUUUAUCAAAUUGGAGACUCAUGGGAGAAGUACGUACAUGGUGUCAGAUACCAGUGCUACUGCUAUGGCCGAGGCAUUGGGGAGUGGCAUUGCCAACCUUUGCAGACCUAUCCAGGCACAAGUGGUCCUGUCCAAGUAAUUAUUACUGAGACCCCCAGUCAGCCGAACUCCCACCCCAUUCAAUGGAAUGCACCAGAACCAUCUCACAUCUCCAAGUACAUCCUCAGGUGGAGACCUAAAAAUUCAGUAGGCCGUUGGAAGGAAGCCACCAUUCCAGGCCACUUAAACUCCUAUACCAUCAAAGGCCUGAGACCAGGAGUAACGUAUGAGGGGCAACUCAUCAGCAUCCAGCAGUAUGGCCACAGAGAGGUGACACGCUUUGACUUCACCACCACCAGCACGAGCACACCUGUGACCAGCAACACAGUGACAGGGGAAACAACGCCGUUGUCGCCUGUUGUGGCCACUUCUGAAUCCGUGACUGAAAUCACAGCCAGCAGCUUUGUGGUCUCGUGGGUCUCAGCUUCCGACACUGUGUCAGGAUUCCUGGUGGAGUACGAGCUGAGUGAGGAGGGAGAUGAACCCAAGUACCUUGAUCUUCCAAGCACAGCCACUUCUGUAAACAUCCCAGACUUGCUUCCUGGCCGAAAAUACAUUGUAAAUGUCUAUCAGAUAUCUGAAGAAGGAAAGCAGAGUUUGAUCCUGUCUACUUCACAGACAACAGCACCUGAUGCACCUCCUGACCCUACUGUGGACCAAGUUGAUGACACCUCGAUUGUUGUCCGCUGGAGCAGACCCCAGGCACCCAUCACAGGAUACAGAAUAGUCUACUCACCAUCUGUGGAAGGUAGUAGCACGGAACUCAACCUUCCAGAAACUGCCAACUCCGUCACUCUCAGUGACUUGCAACCUGGUGUUCAGUAUAACAUCACGAUCUAUGCUGUGGAAGAAAACCAAGAGAGUGCUCCUGUUUUCAUCCAGCAAGAAACUACUGGCGUCCCACGUUCAGAUGAAGUCCCCCCUCCCAAAGACCUGCAGUUUGUGGAAGUGACGGACGUGAAGGUCACCAUCAUGUGGACACCCCCUGACAGCGCAGUGACCGGCUACCGUGUGGAUGUGCUCCCUGUCCACCUGCCUGGGGAGCAUGGACAGAGGCUGCCCGUCAGCAGGAACACCUUUGCAGAAAUCACUGGGCUGUCCCCCGGAGUCACCUAUUACUUCAAGGUCUUUGCCGUGAACCAUGGACGGGAGAGCAGGCCUCUGACUGCACAGCAGGCAACCAAACUGGAUGCUCCCACUAACCUCCAGUUUGUCAAUGAGACGGACUCAAGUGUUCUGGUUAUUUGGACUCCACCUCGGGCCCGCAUAACAGGGUACCAACUGACCAUUGGCCCAACCCGAGGAGGCCAGCCCACGCAGCACAAGGUGGGGCCCACAGCCUCAAAGUACCUACUCCGUAAUCUACAGCCUGGAUCUGAGUACACUGUGACCCUUAUAGCUGUGAAAGGCAACAACCAGAGCCCCAAAGUCACUGGAGUCUUUACUACUCUGCAGCCUCAGAGCUCCAUACCCCCUUACAGCACAGAGGUGACUGAGACCAGCAUUGUCAUCACAUGGACCCCUGCACCAAGGAUUGGUUUUAAGUUGGGUGUACGACCCAGCCAGGGAGGGGAAGCACCCCGAGAAGUGACUUCAGACUCAGGGAGCAUCGUUGUAUCUGGCUUGACCCCCGGUGUAGAAUAUGUUUACAGCAUCCAAGUCCUGAGAGACGGAAAGGAAAGAGACGCUCCGAUCGUAAACACAGUGGUGACACCAUUGUCUCCACCUACGAACUUGCACCUGGAAGCUAACCCUGACACUGGAGUGCUUACAGUCUCCUGGGAGAAAAGCACCACCCCAGAUAUUACUGGUUACAGAAUUACCACAACCCCUACCAAUGGCCAGCAGGGGUAUUCCUUGGAAGAAGUGGUUCAUGCCGAUCAGAAUACAUGCAUUUUUGAAAACCUGAGUCCUGGCCUGGAAUAUAAUGUCAGUGUUUACACUGUCAAAGAUGACAAGGAAAGUGUCCCUGUUUCUGACACCAUCAUCCCAGAAGUGCCCCAACUCACUGACCUAAGCUUUGUUGAUAUAACCGAUUCAAGCAUCGGCCUGAGGUGGACCCCGCUAAACUCUUCCACCAUUAUUGGGUACCGUAUCACAGUAGUUGCGGCAGGAGAAGGGAUCCCUAUUUUUGAAGAUUUUGUGGACUCCUCGGUAGGAUACUACACAGUUACAGGGCUGGAGCCGGGCAUUGACUAUGACAUCAGCGUUAUCACUCUCAUUAAUGGCGGAGAGAGUGCCCCUACUACACUGACACAACAAACGGCUGUCCCUUCUCCCACUGACCUGCGAUUCACCAAUAUUGGUCCAGACACUAUGCGUGUCACCUGGGCCCCACCUCCGUCUAUUGAACUGACCAAUUUCUUGGUGCGCUACUCACCUGUGAAAAAUGAGGAAGAUAUUGCAGAGUUGUCUAUUUCUCCUUCGGACAAUGCAGUGGUCUUAACAAAUCUCCUUCCUGGGACAGAAUAUUCAGUAAGUGUCUCCAGUGUCUAUGAACAACAUGAAAGCACACCUGUCAGGGGAAGACAGAAGACAGGUCUCGAUGCUCCAACUGGCAUUGACUUCUCUGAUGUCACUCCCAACUCUUUCACCGUUUAUUGGACUCCUCCUCGAGCCCCUAUCACUGGCUUCUGGAUUCGCCAUCAUCCUGAGCGUGGUGUUGGAAGACCUCGGGAAGAUCGAGUGCCCCCUUCUCGGAAUUCCAUCACUCUCACCAACCUCAAUCCAGGCACUGAGUAUGUGGUCAGCAUCGUUGCUCUUAAUGGCAGAGAGCAAAGUCCUCCCUUGAUUGGCCAACAGUCAACAGUUUCUGAUGUUCCAAAAGAUCUGGAAGUUAUUGCCUCAACUCCUACCAGCCUGUUGAUCAACUGGGAAGCUCCAGCUGUCACAGUGAGAUACUACAGGAUCACCUAUGGAGAAACAGGAGGAAACAGCCCUGUCCAGGAGUUCACAGUGCCCGGGAGCAAGUCUACAGCUACCAUCAGUGGCCUUAAACCUGGAGCAGACUAUACCAUCACUGUGUACGCUGUCACUGGCCGAGGGGACAGCCCAGCCAGCAGCAAGCCAAUUUCCAUUGAUUACCACACAGAAAUUGACAAACCAUCCCAGAUGCAAGUGACAGAUGUUCAGGAUAAUAGCAUUAGUGUAAGGUGGCUGCCUUCAAGUUCCCCUGUUACUGGUUACAGAGUGACUACCACUCCCAAAAAUGGUGAAGGACCAACAAAAACUAAAACUGUAGGCCCAGAUCAAACAGAAAUGACCAUUGAAGGCUUGCAACCCACAGUGGAAUAUGUGGUCAGUGUCUAUGCCCAAAACCAGAAUGGAGAAAGCCAGCCUCUGGUUCAGACUGCAGUAACCAACAUUGAUCGCCCUAAAGGACUGGCAUUCACUGAUGUGGAUGUCGAUUCCAUCAAAAUUGCUUGGGAAAGCCCACAGGGGCAAGUUUCCAGGUACAGGGUGACCUACUCGAGCCCUGAGGAUGGAAUCCAUGAGCUAUUCCCUGCACCUGAUGGUGAAGAGGACACUGCAGAGCUGCAAGGCCUCAGGCCGGGUUCUGAGUACACAGUCAGUGUGGUUGCCUUGCACGAUGAUAUGGAGAGCCAGCCCCUGAUUGGAACCCAGUCCACAGCCAUUCCUGCACCAACCAACCUGAAGUUCACUCAGGUUACACCCACAAGUCUGAGUGCCCAGUGGACACCACCCAAUGUCCAGCUGACUGGAUAUCGAGUGCGGGUGACCCCCAAGGAAAAGACCGGACCAAUGAAAGAAAUCAACCUUGCUCCUGACAGCUCGUCUGUUGUUGUGUCAGGACUCAUGGUGGCCACCAAAUAUGAAGUGAGUGUCUACGCUCUUAAGGACACUCUGACAAGCAGACCAGUUCAGGGCGUCAUUACCACUCUAGAGAAUGUCAGCCCUCCGAGAAGGGCACGUGUGACAGAUGCUACGGAGACCACCAUCACCAUCAGUUGGCGAACCAAGACCGAGACCAUCACUGGCUUCCAAGUUGAUGCCAUCCCAGCAAAUGGCCAGAAUCCAAUUCAGAGAAUCAUCAAGCCAGAUGUCAGAAGCUACACCAUCACAGGUUUACAACCAGGCACUGACUACAAGAUCCACCUCUACACCUUGAAUGACAAUGCCCGAAGCUCCCCUGUGAUCAUCGAUGCCUCCACUGCCAUUGAUGCGCCAUCCAACCUGCAUUUCCUGGCUACCACACCCAACUCCUUGCUGGUAUCAUGGCAGCCGCCGCGUGCCAAGAUUACUGGCUACAUUAUCAAGUAUGAGAAGCCUGGAUCCCCUCCCAAAGAAGUGGUCCCUCGACCCCGCCCUGGUGUCACAGAGGCUACCAUCACUGGUCUGGAGCCAGGAACUGAGUACACAAUCUACAUCAUUGCCCUGAAGAACAACCAGAAGAGUGAUCCCCUGAUCGGGAGGAAGAAGACAGAUGAGCUUCCCCAACUGGUAACCCUUCCACACCCCAACCUUCACGGACCAGAGAUUUUGGAUGUUCCCUCCACAGUUCAAAAGACCCCUUUCAUCACCAAUCCUGGGUAUGACACUGGAAACGGUAUCCAGCUUCCUGGCACUUCUGGUCAGCAGCCCAGUGUUGGGCAACAAAUGAUCUUUGAGGAACAUGGUUUUAGGCGGACCACACCACCCACAACGGCCACCCCUGUAAAGCUUAGACCAUACCUGCCGAAUGUAGAUGAGGACAUCCAAAUUGGUCACGUCCCCAGGGGAGACGUAGACUAUCACCUCUACCCUCACGUUCUGGGACUCAAUCCAAAUGCCUCUACAGGACAAGAAGCUCUCUCUCAGACAACCAUCUCUUGGACCCCAUUCCAGGAAAGUUCUGAGUACAUCAUUUCAUGUCACCCUGUUGGCACUGAUGAACAACCCUUACAGUUCCGAGUUCCUGGAACUUCUACCAGUGCCACUCUGACGGGCCUCACCCGAGGCGCCACCUACAACAUCAUAGUGGAGGCACUGAAGGACCAGAGGAGGCACAAAGUGCGGGAGGAGGUUGUUACCGUGGGCAACUCUGUCAAUGAAGGCCUAAAUCAACCUACAGAUGACUCAUGCUUCGAUCCCUACACUGUUACCCAUUAUGCCGUUGGAGAGGAGUGGGAGCGAUUAUCUGAAUCUGGCUUUAAGCUCUUAUGCCAGUGCUUAGGCUUUGGCAGUGGUCAUUUCAAAUGUGAUUCAUCUAAAUGGUGCCAUGACAACGGUGUGAACUACAAGAUUGGAGAGAAGUGGGAUCGUCAGGGAGAAAAUGGCCAGAUGAUGAGCUGCACAUGUCUGGGGAAUGGAAAAGGAGAAUUCAAGUGUGAUCCUCAUGAGACAACGUGUUACGAUGACGGGAAGACGUACCAUGUAGGAGAACAGUGGCAGAAGGAGUAUCUCGGCGCCAUUUGCUCAUGCACAUGCUUCGGAGGCCAGAGGGGCUGGCGCUGUGACAACUGCCGCAGACCAGAGGUUGAACCCAGUCCUGACGGCUCUACCGGCCAGUCCUACAACCAGUACACACAGAGAUAUCAUCAGAGAACAAACUCUAAUGUUAACUGCCCAAUUGAGUGCUUCAUGCCUCUAGAUGUACAGGCUGACAGAGAAGAUUCCAGGGAGUAACAUUUCCACCCCAGAGGAAGAAACAUGUCUCUGCAAAGGUCCAUCCCAACUGGAGUGACGUUGGCAGACCCUGUCUUUGCGUGUUUGUUACUUUUUAAGCCUUUUGCUCUGGAGUAAGUGCUCCAGCCUCAGCUCAACUCACAGCUUCUCCGAGCAUCAUCCUGGGAGUGUUUUGAGACUUUUCUCAUAAAUGAGGGCAAUAUGUUGCCUGUUCUGCUUCAAAUUAUUCAGUACCGCUCAGUAUUUUAAAUGAAAUGAUUGUGAUUGAUGAUUUGGUUUGGGGUCAAUAAGGAAGCAUAUAUAACCAACCAAAAUGCCAAAUGUGUUGAAAUGGUCUUAACAAAAUUUUAAGUAGGAAAGUUACCCAAACACUUCUGCUUUCACAGAACUCUGGCCCGCAACACUGUAGGAACAGCCUACCCUUGUUACUGUGAUAUUUAAAAUAUCCACAGUACUCACUUUUCCCAAAUGAUUCUAGUAAUUGCCUAGAAAUAUCUUUCUUUUACCUGUUAUUUAUCAAUUUUACCAGUAUUUUUAUAUGGAAAAAAAAUUGAAGUCACUUAGUACGCAGUUGAAAAAAGGAAUUUGGUAUAAUUAUGGUUGGUAAUUAUUUUUUAUACUGUAUGUGCCAAAGCUUUACUACUGUGGAAAGACAACUGUUUUAAUAAAAGAUUUACAUUCCACAA